AUGUUGGUUGCGGUAAGUCAUCAGGUCAACCACAGGUCAGCUGCAAAUACAGCGAGCCUGUCUUACGAUGCACUUGGACAUUUGGACCUAAGACGAGACCGGAAGUCGGUACUACCAGGUAGCCGCGAGAAAUGGAGGUCAUUGAAACGAACGCUGAGUUCAGGAGGUAAAAUGAGAAACAUUAACGUGAACGGAAAAAAAAAUAUUGCACCCUACUUGCUCAAGAAUGUUGAACUCAAUCGAAAGAUCGAGUUUCUGGAACAUUUGACUCAAUCGGAGGAUCGAGUUCCAGAGUUUCCGUGGACGGUGAUGGAACCGUUGAAAGUACAAGCGAAAAACUGCACCGAACCCCAUAACUCGGAUGACAGAUAUUCAAGCAGCUUCAACGUGAAUUCGACAGUUAAAUCUAUCUACGCUGGUAACGAUUUCGAAGUAGCAGGUGAAGCCGAGACGAAAAGAACCAGCAGCGUACACGUUGGCGAGGAUAUCACGCUGUGUUGGAUAGAGACUACGACCAUCAAGGAGGACCACCACAUGCAUCCAGUGCAGAGACAAGUGCUCAGAGAGUACACUAUAUCCUUCGAGAAUGCUGCAACCAUACCAGAACGGUAUCUUGAAUGUAUUCAGCUGGAGGGCGAGGUCGAUUCAACGGACAGCAGCUUUCCAAAAUCGACCUUGUUCGAAGUGGUGGAUGAAAACACUCGGCAUAGCCGUGUAGUCAACUUUACUACGGUGAGUCACACCGACGACUUAACCGUAUGGCAGCACAAGCGAGUCCAGUGCGGAGUAGGCCCAGUUGUCACCAAAAACAUCAUUGAGUGGGCCGCGGAACGAGCGGAACAUCCGAAGAGGAGAAUCGAGAUCAAGGUCAGUCCCAAGAUUCACCGACUCACCGCUGUUCCCACCGAGACCGAACCCUGCACAACGGACCUCAUAGACUGGCAAGUCACGUCAACCACCACUUCUUCCUUCAUCGUGGACUGUGGCCCAGGAUCAACCUGCGAGAGCUACAGCGACUGCGCCGAAGAAAACUGUGGCUAUUCUUCGACUUCUGAGGUAGACGUGUCUAACGAUCUUUGGCAGGAACAAGCUACCACAGCAUCCACAACACUGUCGAAUAGUUCGGAAUCGGAAACUUCAGUGACUACGACCACCGAAGUCUCAAUUGCAAUGUCGUCAAUCUCGUAUAACCAAGACUGUGGCCCAGGAUCGACCUGCGAGAGCUACAGCGACUGCGCCGACGAAAACUGUGGCUAUUCUUCGAUUUUUGAGACAGACGUGACUGAUGAUCUUCGGCAGGAACAAGCUACCACGGCUUCCAUAACACUCUCGGAUAGUUCGGAAUCGGAAACGUCAGUGACUACGACCACCGAAGUCUCAACUGCGAUGUCGUCAAUCUCGUAUAACCAAGACUGUGGCCCAGGAUCGACCUGCGAGAGCUACAGCGACUGCGCCGACGAAAACUGUGGCUAUUCUUCGAUUUUUGAGACAGACGUGACUGAUGAUCUUCGGCAGGAACAAGCUACCACGGCUUCCAUAACACUCUCGGAUAGUUCGGAAUCGGAAACUUUAGUGACUACGACCACCGAAGUCUCAACUGCGAUGUCGUCAAUCUCGUAUAACCAAGACUGCGGCCCAGGAUCGACCUGCGAGAGCUACAACGACUGCGCCGACGAAAACUGUGGCUAUUCUUCGAUUUUUGAGACAGACGUGACUGAUGAUCUUCGGCAGGAACAAGCUACCACGGCUUCCAUAACACUCUCACAUAAUUCGGAAUCGGAAACGUCAGUGACUACGACCACCGAAGUCUCAACUGCGAUGUCGUCAAUCUCGUAUAACCAAGACUGUGGCCCAGGAUCGACCUGCGAGAGCUACAGCGACUGCGCCGACGAAAACUGUGGCUAUUCUUCGAUUUUUGAGACAGACGUGACUGAUGAUCUUCGGCAGGAACAAGCUACCACGGCUUCCAUAACACUCUCGGAUAGUUCGGAAUCGGAAACUUUAGUGACUACGACCACCGAAGUCUCAACUGCGAUGUCGUCAAUCUCGUAUAACCAAGACUGUGGCCCAGGAUCGACCUGCGAGAGCUACAACGACUGCGCCGACGAAAACUGUGGCUAUUCUUCGAUUUUUGAGACAGACGUGACUGAUGAUCUUCGGCAGGAACAAGCUACCACGGCUUCCAUAACACUCUCACAUAAUUCGGAAUCGGAAACGUCAGUGACUACGACCACCGAAGUCUCAACUGCAAUGUCGUCAAUCUCGAACAAGCUACCACGGCUUCCAUAA